GGCUUGGCGUCUUUGGCCCUGAGUUUUUUUAUGAGGCAGGAGGUGAAAUUUUGAUUUCUCUUUACUCCUAGAAUACAGCCCCGGGCCGCUUCACUCCUUCUUCUACAUUGCUUUCAGACUCCAGAGUCACGCCAUGGCUUCAAGGAAAACCGUGAAAGUGCACGUCAAACCCAAAGAUGGUACCAAAUCCCAGGCAGCCAAUAAGAAUGGGAAGAAGGCAGACUCUGGGUCAAGCGGCGGUAGUUUCUUUACCUGGUUCAUCGUCCUGGCCCUGCUGGGAGUCUGGACAUCUGUAGCCGUGGUUUACUUUGACCUUGUUGACUACCAGGGGGUCCUUGAUAAGGCUAAAGGCUUUCAAAUUAACCUGUCUGAGGCCUUGCAAGGUAAACUGGUGGCAUACGAUACAGAUGGCGACGGCGAUUUUGAUGUGGAGGAUGCUAAAGUUCUGCUAGGACUCAAAGAGAAGGUGGUUGUCGUCACUUCCCGUAGUGAGGAAGCAGCUGCCCCAGUGGAGGCCCCUGAACCUGAACCCACACCAGAAGCUGUUGUCGAGCCUGAUGCUGUGCCUGUGGAAGAUGUGAUCGAAGCUGCAGUAGCAGAGGAAGCGGCUGCACCACCACCUCCAGGUACGAGUGAGCCUGAGGUUGUAGCAGAGCCUGAGGUGGAGGCAUCUGAGCCAGAACCAGAACCAGAGCCUGAGGCUGAACCUGAACCAGAGCCAGAGGAGACCCCUGAGGUGAUUGAGGAGGAUCCAGAGGUGCUGGAAGAGGAGCUUCCCCCAGUAGAGGAGGAAGAGGAGGCUGCUCCAGUUGAGGAGGAGGCAGCAGCAGAGGAGGCUGUGGAGGAGCCAGUUGUCGACGAGGUUGCAGAGGAACUAGCAGCAGAGGUGGAGGCUGCAGUGGAGGAAGCUGUGGAAGAGGCAGCUGCAGAGGAGGAGAGUGCCCCUGCAGAAGAAGCCGUUGAGGAGGAAGCACCACCUGCAGAAGAAGCUGUUGAGGAGCCUGUUGAGGAAGAAGCACCACCUGCAGAAGAAGCUGAAGAGGAGGCUGCUCCUGUAGAAGAAGUAGCUGAAGAGGAGGCAGCACCAUCAGAAGAAGCUGCAGAGGAAGUAGCAGAAGAACCAGCAGCUGAAGAGGAGGCUGCUCCUUCAGAGGAGCCUGUUGAGGAGGCUGCACCUGCAGAAGAAGUUGUUGAAGAUGUAGCACCAGAGGAGGCAGUGGAAGAAGUACCAGAGGAAGAGGAGGAGGCAGCACCCGAAGAGGAGACAGUGGAAGAGGCAGUAGCUUCAGAGGAGCCCGCUGAGGAGGAGGCAGCUCCUACAGAAGAAGCCACAGAAGAAGCUACAGAAGAGGCUGAACCUGUAGAGGAGGCAGUGGAGGAGGCUGCAGAAACAGAAGAAACUCCAGAAGAAGCAGUGGAGGAAGAAACAGCACCAGAGACAGAAGAAGUAGAAGAGGCAGAGGAGGCAGUAGAAGAAGCAGCAGAGUUUGCUGAGACAGAGGAACAGACGGAGGACGAGCCCACAGAAACGUAGAGGCAGCGGCAGUCGCCGUGGUGACGGAGCAGGGACCCACUGACGCAUCAGCACUAUCUGAGCACGCUCAGGAAGGAUGAUGCAUCUCUUCACCUCCAGAGAAAACGAUUUAAGUUGUUAAGACAACACUCGCCUCCCCCUCCCCUCCUCUUCAUCCCUCUCCUCCCUUUAACUGUCCCUCUAGUGUAAAUGUGUCAGAUAUUGAAUGGAUUGUUACUAAUGGUACUCCUGUUUUACCCCUCUGUUUAUUUUCUUUGAGUUCAUGUUCAUCUGGCUUUUUUUUUUUUUUUUUCUCCCUUUGUUUUCUUUUGAGCGGCCGUAUCAUUGUUCAGUUCUGGAGGGGCAGUUUAAGUCUGUGAAAUCAGUGGCUGUCGUUUUACAGCCACAACCAGAGCAACGUCUAAAAUAGAAGUAAAAAGACCCCAGACUGGCUCAUCAUUUUUGGAAGUCUGAUAUUGUAACUCAGACUUCCUGGAGCUAAAUUUUGUUGCCAAUUAAUUCGAGGCCAAAGUCCCGCUCUGAGCUUCGAUCUGUAAUAGCAUGAAAAGGCUCAGGUCAUUCCAUACAGUUGGCAGGUUUUUUACAGUGAGUUGCAGCCGCCAUCUUAGAGCAGAAAUCAGCUACAGGACACCGCUAUGAAUGUCUCCGUUUCAGGCCGGUGAUAAAACUUUCAAAUGUAGUCCAAUCUAAUCCAAACACCAUGAUGUGUCCCUCUGUCCCCGUCUGUCAGCUGUGUGUCUGUGUAGACUCUAUGCAAAGCUGUCUGCCUCCUACCUCCCCUCCCCCUCCCCCUCAGUUUAUUUACCACUCAGUAUGCGUCGACUCCAGGAUGAGCCAUAUGCUAGCACGUGAAUUCAGAGAGAAACGAGUGUGUGAGUGCGUGCAUGUGUGAAUGUUUCCCAUGAUAUGAGUGUUGACGGAUCUUUGCUCAUCAUUCCCUUCUGUGAUGAUGUAGUUUUAUGUUCUCUCUCUUCCUCAGUUUUUUUUGUUGUGUAACUACCUUUAUCUCUGUGUGUUCUGUAGAUUUCUAGCUGAUUGGUUUUUUUUGUUUGUUUUUUUUUUCUCUCCUCUAUUUCUAGAUAUGAUUACCGAGACCGUUUAACUGUGGUCCUGUUCUCACCUGGCAUGUCUUCGGUGAUCAGGUUACAAAUGGACAGCUCUACAACUUCAGAUGCGAUUUCACAGAUCACAUUGGCGUGGUCACGUUCCAUGUUCGUACCUGCAGCACAGAACUCAGAUUAGGGCUGAACGAUAUGGACAAAAUUUCAUAUCUCGAUAUUCAUGCAAGAUAUCUUGAUAUCAAUACGAUAUGACUACGGGUUCGGUGAAAACCAAGCAUUUUUCAGAAAAAUACAAACAUCGUAAUACAAAAGAAUGUGGAAAGUGCAGCGUUAUUUAUUAGAACUCACUGCCAGUCAUCAACUUUAACAUAAAGUACGAAUAAAUGAAAUUUGUUGUGACUUGCAGAGCUGUACAUACAGGGCGAGCACAGGGGAAAUAUAUAUCGUUUAUAUCGUUGCUUUUCCGAUAUUAAUAUCUUGAAUUUUCAUAUCUAGAUAUAGAUACGAUAACAAUAUAUCUUUCAGCCCUAAUUCAUACACAUAAAACUUACAGAUAACGCCGAAAAUAAGGUGCAAAAACACGGUUAUGUUGAGGAAAAGGUUGUGUUAAAGCACAAAAACCACUUGCAUAGGAAUGAAAAAGGAUCUCUGUGAAGGUAAACCUAAAAUUUAACAUGUGCAUAUGGUUUUAACAGUAAAAUCGAAGGCUUCCAGAGUUUCUGCCGCUGCCUUCGAACCACAGGUUUGUCCAUGUUUAACAUCCACCUUUUCCUCUUAUACAUGUUCUUAUUUACGUGCCCACAAGAGGUCGCCACACGACUGCAAAACAUCACCUACACAUGAAUCCGAUGGUAUACCAGGGCUGAACGGCCAGACUUCCAGCUGUCCACUUAGGCCUGGAUCACCCAGAAUGCGUGUCAGAACCAGUGUGAACAGGACCUAACGACUGUUGAACACAUGAACUGGAGUUGGACCUUCAGCUGUGUGUGUUUAGAACCUGAACUGUGAUGUAAAUGAGGAUGAACGUGGGUGGUGCAGCGGCGUCGCACUGUGCUGAAAACCUUUAAGGGAUAUUUGGAUUCCUGAGGAGGCUGAGCAGACAAACGGAGACAGGACACCGGUCACGCUGAAACAGUUUAACCCCAAAUGUAGUGCAUAUGGAAGCAUUUGUCUGAAAUUAUAGUGUAUUGUCGGGUAAUUAGCACUCUGUAAAACUACAGCUGAAAGAUCUGUUGUACAAAUGUAUCUUGAAUAUCCGAUGCUUUUCUUAGUAUUUCAGCUGUUGUUUGUAUGUAUCUGUGUUAAAUACCCAAUAACAUACUGUGAUUUACUAUAUAUUUAUUCGGUAAACUUGUAAAAAAAAAAAAAAAAAUUAAAAAAAAGGAAAGGUUACAGUUUUAUUCAGCUAUAUAUAUAUUAUGUCAGUUUGGACAUGGCUGAAAUAAUGCUUUUUGAUAUUUUGCGUAACUGUUUUGUUUCGGAUGUUGCCUACAGAUUACAUUUGGGGUCAGGGUUCAGGUGAUCCUGUGUGGGCCGUCGUCACCAGGUCUGAUGACGUCACAGCCUGGUUUGUUCUGCAUUUGACCUUCUUAAAAUGAAACAGUGCGUGUCUCUAUCCACCUUUUUUUUUGCGACUUCAGCGUCUGUCUCUGUGUGUUUUUAAUCAGGAAUCCACGGUAGCAAGUUCUCAGCACUAACAUCAUUCCCCUGCAGAACUAUGUGUAGACUUUCCAAAUGGUAAAAGCCAACUGAGGGCUUUUUUUAUUUUGUUGUUUUUUUUUUUAAGGUAAUGAGCAGAGGGGCAGGUAAACGUCCUGUCUGUUCCAUUGUUGUAAGUGUACAUUACCUGUAUUUGAUAGGACGUGACUGUGAGGCUUUGAUAGGACAGCGGGUGCAGCACCCUGGGAACACAUUCCUGUUGGGACACUGACAGCAAACUGUAUGUCAGUGUGGUAUUGUACAAAGAAAACACUACUGUUGCUUAGCCAAGAAGAUUUCAGUAACAUAUUUCCACUUUAAUUCCUUGGUUCGGUGUUCGUAUUUUGUGUCUAGUCCUCACAACUGUACCAGUUUGUUUUAAGGAAUGCCACACAUUCCAGUUGUGUGCAGUAGUGGUUUUUAUAGGACUUCCUGUCUUUUUUUUUUUUUUUUUUUCUGUAACACUAGCUGGUCUUUUCUACUUUCCAACACUUUGUAAGUCAAUGUGAACUGUACGACGUUUUUAACAUUGAAGAUUACAGUCUUUACUGAGAGAGAGCUUCUAGAUUUUUAAACCUUUUUAAAAAGGACUUGGGGAAAAAAAAAAUACAAGAAAUCUCCUAAUUUUCUGAGAAUGCUUUACAAGCUUUUUACAAAGCCAUAAGCUGUUUGUGACAGGCAGGUUUAAGGGGGCUGAGCUACUUCAGGACAAACCUUUAAGAACACAAAACCAAGAGCAAUAAAAGUAACCACACUCUGCAGCAGCCCAGGGACACAGAGGUUGGUUUGUCAUCACCUGCUUGGAUCAGAAGCGGUGCUGUGUAGGUUGUGAUCCACGGGCAGCUUUGUUCUCAGGCACAGAAGGAAAACUACAGGAGGAGGAGUGGAGGAUCCACCUGUCUGUUGGCCUCACACUGUUGUCUUUACGUCACAACCUUCAGUCUGCUGAUCUCAUGUCCUGAAGAGGCCCAUACUGGGGAUUAAAUUAUUCUGAUGUAAUGAUGAUGGAUUUUGUA